GUACACAACGCACACACACAAACAAUACGCAGACGAGGAGGCCAUUAGGAGGAAAUGAACCCUGGAAAAGAAUGAUCGGUUACCUGAAACUUGCCUGAGUCAUUUUCAUUCCAAGUUAGGUUGGGAGAUAAGGAGUGAUUGCAGAAUGAGCCUUGUUUCAGCAAUAUGGUGCCUUUUUGUAUUUGGCUUUCAGCUCUGUCUAGCCAGCGAUGAUGAUCAGCCGAAGCUUCUUGAGUGUUACAGUGACUAUCUCAAGGAAAUUAUCUGCACCUGGAAUGUAGGCCCCAACACAAACUGUUCCACUGAUUACAGUCUGCAGUGCAAGUUGAUGUCCGGUUUUGAUGAAAUAUGCAACAUAACGGAUAUUAAAACUCUUCCCAAAUCAACCUGUCAAUGCAGGAUCACAAAACCAACUUUGGUAUUUUUUGCCAAUUAUGAAAUUACGGUCCUUUUCAAAGGAAUAGUGGUCCUUUCCAAACACAUUAGACCAUCACAAACCAUAAAACCUUUGGCUCCACACAACCUCAUGGUAAACAUUUCAGCAGACAAACAGCAUUUCCUAGUCUGGGAUGAUGAUUACAACAACACAUUCAUCGAAAAGAAUCUGGAGUAUCAAAUCGCUUACAUGAAGACAGGAGGAAACUGGAAGCCUCCCAAUCCAUUCCUGUCCAUGGGAGGGAAAUUGGAUGACUCUAAAAAUGAACAUGGAGCUGCUAUGCCAGACUAA